GAUGUAAAUAAUAGAUAUGGAUGCCAGGAAGACGAGAAAUGGAUUGACCAAACAAUCUUUUGAGUAGUGGAAAUACAAAAUUCAAGGUCCUAUUUAAUUCCGUCAUCGAACGAUAUAUUUUCGAAGUGAUAAUUGGUGUAUUAUUAGUCUGCUGUUGAAAAUGUGCCGUGGGUUAGUGUUGUUCCUUUGUUUAUUUCUCGUACCAUGUGGUCCUAUCGUGGAAUGCGCCAAAAUUUUGGGCGUUUUUCCAUUCCCCUCGAAAAGUCAUUACGCCAUGGGAAACAGUCUGCUGAAGGAAUUGGCCAUAAGAGGACAUGAAGUUACAAUGAUUGCUGCAUUUGAAGAAACGAGUCUACCCCCAAACGUUUCUUACAGAACGCUGAAGGUUAAUAUUGAUUUGAAUGAAGGAAACAAGAAAAUCAAUUUCUUCGAGCAAGACAUGUCCAAUCCCUACUUGAUAACCUUUUUCUUGAACUGGGCCGGAUCCAAGAUAACGAAUGGGACAUUCAAUGCGCCGGAAGUACAGAAGCUUCUCAGAUCCCGAGAAAAAUUCGAUGCUGUCAUUAUGGACCAGUUCACUGACGAUAGUUUCGCUUAUUUCGCUCAUCAUUUUGGAGCCAACCAAAUUUUACUAUUAACCACUUGCGCCAACUCAUGGGUGAAUCCCCUUGUUGCUAACCCUGCUCCUCCUUCAGUGAAUCCGGAAUUACUACUAGAGUUUUCAUCAUCGAUGACUUUCCUGGAGAGAUUGAAAAACACAGUUUUUUACAUCUUCAGCGAAUUAAACAGACAACUGUACUUCUUCCCCAAACAGAACGAAGUCAUCAGAACCAACUUUCCCAAAGCAAGACCUCUUUAUGAUUACCUGUACAACGUAUCUUUGAUUCUGAUGAACGCCCACGAAAGUUUCAAUGAUCCUUUGGCUCUUGUGCCAGUCAUGAAGAAUGUGGGUGGGAUGCAUGUUUCUCCAUCUGGAAAACUCCCAAGCGAUCUUCGAAAAUUCAUGGAUGAGGCUAAAGAAGGUGUGGUUUAUUUCAGUAUGGGAUCGAAUUUGAAAAGUAAGGAUCUGCCUCCGAGAAUAAGGGGGUCGAUCCUGAAGGUUUUCGCCAAACUGGACGUUAAAGUUUUGUGGAAAUGGGAAGACGAAACUUUACCGGGUCAACCAGGCAAUGUGAAACUGAGCAAAUGGCUCCCACAACAGGAGAUUCUCGGUCAUCCUAAUUUGAAAGUUUUCAUUACUCACGGAGGUUUAUUGAGUACCAUAGAAGCCGUCCAUUAUGGAGUUCCCCUUCUAACUCUUCCUGUUUAUGGUGACCAGAAGUUAAACGCAGCGACAGCACAACAAAAAGGAUAUGCAAUAAAUAUUCCUUUUGCGGAUUUUGAAGAAGGAAAGUUCGAACAGGCCUUGAAUGAAUUACUGCGUAAUCCUAAAUACAAGCAAAACGCAGCAAUAAGAUCCAAACUGUUUCACGAUCGACCAAUGAAACCCUUAGAUGAAGCUGUGUACUGGGUUGAGUAUGUUAUAAGGCAUCGAGGAGCUGAACAUUUAAGGGUAGCAGCAUUGAAACUCAGCUGGUACCAGUACAUUCUUCUAGACGUCUUUGGAUUUAUACUAGUUGCGCUUUCAAUUGUUGUAUAUAUUUUGAGAAUGAUUCUGAUGAAAGUAUGUUGUGGAAAACCCGACAAAGUUAAGUCGAAAAUAAAUUGAUGGUUUUGGGCCCAGA